ACUCCUCUCUCGGCUCUCCGUCAGUCCGCGCGCCGCGCAGGGGAGAGAUUGAAAGUGACACGCUCACAUUGUUGCUCUUGAGAUUUUACGCCGCCGUUAAUAGGUAACGUCCGCGUCGCGCAAAGCAAGAUACCUGACAUCUGUUUUUAGCUCGGGUUCCCUUUGUGCGCGCGCGGCAGCGUAGAUGGACGUUUUUUAGAUUUUGAUGCUCUCUUUGCGCCCGCCGCUGAGGUUCUCGGCUCUGCCACGGACACUCGUGACUCAAACUCGCGGUGAACGCUCGGAGUCUCUCAGUUCCAGUGGCUCGGUCGCAGCGCGCAGCGCACGGAGCCCAAGUGUCCAACACCGAACCCACCGAACUCGACCGUGUUCAGUCCUCCGCGAGGCAGCGACAAGCCCAGCCCUGGAUUCAAUACUUUUAAUCAAUGGACAGAGCCCUCUCAACGGCCAACCGAGGUACCGACACGCCAUAAGCAGUCCUUAUCCUCUGGCUGGUGUUCCCCCUGUAGUGUGGAGGGGGAUGGAGCGUGGCGGAGGAGAGAGUCCUCGUUUACGGGACAGCCCAGAGCGACGUGGGAGCAGCAGUCCUGAUAUCGGCGGCCCCCCACCAAAGUUGGGCCGCCUGGAGCUCAAUGGCAGUCCCACAGGUCAUCGCAGUCGCCACAAUGGGGCCCCACAGAGACCUCUCGGUGGUCUGAUGAUUCCAGUCUUCUGCGUGGUGGAGCAGCUGGAUGGAGGGAUGAUAUCGGAUGGAGAGAGCCGGGAGGAACAUGCCGAGUUCGUGUUGGUCAGGAAAGACAUCCUCUUCACUCAGCUGGUUGAGACUGCACUUCUCGCCCUUGGAUACUCCCACAGUUCUGCAGCCCAGGCACACGGCAUCAUUAAGGUGGGCCGCUGGAACCCCCUGCCCAUCCAUUACCUGACAGAUGCUCCAGAGGCAACAGUUGCUGAUAUGUUGCUGGACGUUUAUCACAUGGUCACGCUACGCAUCCAGCUACAGAGCUUUGCUAAACUGGAGGACCUUCCGUCAGAGCAGUGGAAUCACGCUACAGUACGCAACGCCCUCAAAGAGCUGCUCAAAGAGAUGAACCAGAGCACGCUGGCCAAAGAAUGUCCGCUCUCUCAGAGUAUGAUCUCCUCGAUAGUGAAUAGCUCCUACUAUGCUAACGUCUCAACAGCCAAGUGCCAAGAAUUUGGUCGCUGGUACAAGAAGUAUAAAAAAAUUAAAGGGGACUAUUUGUGGCAAGGACGGGAGAGCUCGGAAAUCAAGGUUGAAAGGGACAGUCUCACUGACUUCUGUGUAUUAGCCCAGCGUCCGCCCCCUCACCUUGCUGGUCUGGCGCAGCUCGGUCCGUUGAACAGUGGCGGGUCUCUGGUGAAAGGUGGCUCUGGAGAACCUCAGAAUUCAGCCCAGUCUCAGCCUCCAUCUCAAGGGCAGCCCCAAGCUCCAUCAUCUCACGGACAGCUCCAUCACAGUCCUCCGCUAAGGGCUCAGGUGCCUCCUCCACCUCCGCCAGCCGCGCUGCAACCUCUUUUGGCACCCGGAGGACUCCUCUCACCCCAGCUCAGUCCACAGCUGGUGAGGCAGCAGUUAGCCAUGGCUCAUCUUAUAAACCAGCAGCUGGCCGUCAGCCGCCUCCUGCAUCAGCACCCACAGGCUCUCAACCAGCAGUUUCUCAAUCACCCACCCAUCCCGCGGCCUAGCAAGUCCGGUGGUCCUGGAGAGCCCGGGUCCAACCCCUCGGCUGCGGAAGUUUCCUCUGAUAUCUACCAGCAGGUGCGAGAUGAGCUGAAAAGAGCCAGUGUCUCACAGGCAGUGUUCGCUCGAGUUGCCUUCAACCGUACACAGGGCCUGUUAUCAGAGAUCUUGCGAAAAGAGGAGGACCCACGCUCAGCCUCUCAAUCCUUGCUAGUAAACCUCAAAGCCAUGCAGAACUUCCUAAACUUACCUGAGAGCGAGAGGGACCGAAUUUACCAGGAAGAGCGGGAGCGCAGCAUGAACCCUCCUGUGAGUCUGCCCCCAAGCACAAACCCCAACCCUGGUGGCGCCCGCCUUUCUCAGAAAGUGUGGGAGCGCAGCAUCGAUGAACAGUUAACCCCUGACGCGUGGGCAUCUAUUUGGAAGAAUAAAACCAAAAUAACAAACUCGUCCAAAACUUCUGGUCCGAACCCUGACCUUCCUCUGAAACUUGAGCCGCUGGUUAACAUCACUUCAGCCAUUUAUGACGAAAUCCAGCAGGAGAUGAAACGGGCAAAAGUGUCUCAGGCCCUUUUCGCUAAGGUGGCAGCCAAUAAGAGCCAAGGAUGGCUGUGUGAGCUGCUUCGCUGGAAAGAGAGUCCCAGCCCGGAGAACAGGACUCUAUGGGAGAACCUGUGUACCAUCCGGAGGUUUUUGAGCCUUCCACAAACAGACAGGGAUCUGGUGUAUGAGGAGGAGUCCCGCCAUCACCACAGUGAACGGCUGCACACUGUACUGCAUUUGCCCACUGACCCUCAGAAGAAAAAACAUGUUUGGAACAAGUGGAAGCAGGCACUUCACAGACAACCCAUGCAGCCACUAAAGGACCACUCUCCCAUCCGAGAAGAACCUGUUCCCAGUUCUGGAGCCGAAGAUAACCCCCAGGCUAUUGCUGGUUCAGGCAACAGUGGAGGAGUUGGCAACGUCACAAAAAAACCUCGCUCCCGCACCAAGAUCUCUCUGGAGGCUCUAGGCAUCUUACAGAGCUUCAUUCAAGAUGUGGGCCUCUACCCUGACCAGGAAGCAAUCCACACCCUUUCAGCUCAACUAGAUCUGCCCAAACACACCAUUGUUAAGUUCUUCCAGAACCAGCGUUAUCACGUGAAGCAUCAUGGCCGACUGAAAGAGCUAGGAUCUGAGGGAGGCGGUGUCGACGUAGCCGAAUAUCGUGAUGAGGAGCUGCUCUCCAGUUCGGAGGAUGCGGAAUCCAGUGAAGAUGGCCACGAGGAGAUCUACAGUGGGCAUGAAAGCGCACCAGCUGGAGCAGUCAACUCAAUCUCAACUCCAGCUGUUUCUUCAGGCCAGGAUGAGAAUAAAGACAAAGGCCUGCCUCUGGGAUCAGCCAGACCCAGCUCCCUGCCCCCUUGUGGUUCAUCUCCAAGUCCUCGAGAUCAAGCAGAAUAUCAGAGAUAAAACAGUCUCAACAAAGACUAUACUGUCAGUGGGGAAAGGCAAGGAGUGAGCACUUAUAACUAUUCUGUAGUGGAGGAGAGACAGCUUAGAAACUUACUGACAAAGACACAGUGUCCUCUGAGGACCUGUAGAAGGCAAACCAAACUAGACAAGAUCUGCAUUUUGAUUAAGGUGAUAUGGUGUAGAAAGAUGAGUUGUGAUCUACUCCCGGCCUCAUACCUCACAAGUUACUUACAGGGAUAGCAUGGUAAGGAAGCAGUCCCUAUGGCGUGCUACAAAGGAGGGAAUUUGGUUGGCUGGGAAGCAUUCAUUUUCUAGAUGUAACUCAUCAAUUUUAGGCAAGAUAGCUGCCACAACCCCAACAUGUCACAAGCAUUCAAAUGUGCAUGCUAAGAAUGUCAAGAAGGCCAGUCUUUCACUAAGUGUUUCAUUUCUAAUCUGAGAGCAGGGGGUCUCUCUCAAAAUACCACUAUCCAUGCCCCCUCUUUAUCUCUGCAGGGCUAAAAUGGCAGGGACAGUGCUUUAGAUGAGCCAAUGAUCUCCUAUGGGACACCAACAACUUCACUCCUGUCCAAUCAGGGAGCCUAGUGGGCGGCUGUAGCUGUCCUCAUCUUCCCCUCCAUGAUGGGGCAUUCUGGUGGUCGCCAACUGAGGGCUGUGCUUGACUGCUAAAGCGGUUGGUUGGGUUGGAGGUACAGAUGAGAUCUUGGGUGUACACAUAAGCCCAGCCCAGGAACCCUACUAUAAACACAUGUGGUGUGCUGAAAGGUCCACAGUUAGCCCAGUGGCGCUUUUGAAGACCACGCCAUCCUUCCCACAACCAGCCACAAGCGUCAUUCCAAGCAGUCCCACAUGGUUCAAGAAAUCACUCUUUUACCCCCACCACCCAUGCACACCCAAUACAGACUGUGCACAACAUCCCAAUCCAUCAGUCCUGUCCAGUGAUUGAAGGUUUGCUUUAUACAGAUAUGUUUAGAUUGUAGGUUUCAUUGCAGGUUUGCUCUCUCUACACUUAAAAGACAGUGAGAAUAAAACAUAAUUGGCGGGAGGACUGACUGCUAUGGACAGAAGGACACUGGUGAGGGUGCAGUCUAAUUGCAUCUGCCUCUGGCCUAGUGGAGAAGAGCAAAGCAUUUCCAGCAACUGCGCUUGCGUGGAAGUGCGGUAGUUCUUCUCUCUUCCGUCACCUCCCACAGCUUUCUCUUUUACUGACUGAUGCCCACAAUGUCCUGAUUUGACCACACUCACCCACACCCAACUCCACAGCACUAUUUAUUGCUAUCUUCACCCUCAAUUAUUAUUGUUGUUAUUGUUAUUAUUGUUAUUAUGGUUGUUCUUGCUGUUAUUUUUAGUUCUAUUUUCAUGGUCUAAUAUCAGCUUUUGGCUUGCAGCAGAUGUUUUGGUAAUGAGAGACGUUGUGAAAGAAAGAAACACUGCCAAAACAGAGAGGAACGAAUUGGAAGCAGUUACUGAAGUUACUGAGUCAAUCAUGUGAUAUGUACUGCCAAUUCUAUCAGCAUUAUGUACUUUUCCAAAGAGAACAGCACUUGGCAGAUGAGGUGUUGAAUAUUAAAACAAUAGAAAUAAGAGGAAUCAUUGGAAUUUAUAUGAUCUUUUUGUGUAUACGAUGACAAUCCUUCUUUUGAGCCAAUCAGAACUCAGCAAGCAUGGACUCUGCAUUCUGAUUGAAACUUUGAUCAGCAUAACUUGAGGCAACAUGGCCACCUGUUGCAAAUCAUCCAUGACACCGUGGCAACACUUGGAUCCAGGGUUCUGAUUUGUUUUUGAGAAUCAGCUGCUACUUGCUCUUUCACAGAUAAUAGACAAAAUGUUGUUAACCUUAUGCUAACCCUUAAACUAUUUUUGUUUCAAACGAGUGAUAAUUGUGGUCUAUGUCCAUGUUUUGUCUACUAAAAAUGGAAAAAUGUUUUAUUUAGAAUCUUUAAUGUGCAAAAUGCUGAUGUGGUUCUUGCAAUUCCUUUGAGCAUCCUGAAUCUUUCACAUAGGCACAGUGUCCACACCUGCACAUGCCUAUGACUAAUCCAUUCCAACAGAACAUUGAUUUAAAACGGGGAUACACAUAUAUUUUUCUCAGAAGGUAUAGAAGAUGGCAUUCCAAUUACAAGGUAUACAACCUUGAGAAGUUGUUCUCUAGUAAAUCAAUCAUUUGUACCUGGUUAUGGUUUCUCUGUGACCACACUACAUUUCCAACAAAUAUUCAAUAAAGACCAGCCAAAGCAUCAAGAACUAGAGCUCUCUAAUAAGAUGUGCAGGUGGCAAAAUAGCCUGUUGUGCUUUACACCUACUAACUGUUGACAACUUUAGACUAUGAUGUGCUUCUCUGCUGUUCACCUCUCUAGAGAGAUUAAAUUCUUCUGAACCAUUUUCUGUCCAAUUCAGCCAUCUGCAUCAUCAUCUGCUCAUUUCAAUUUCACUCUCUGUUUGCUUGAUUGCUUGCUGUCCUGCAUUUACCCAAAUCUGAACUUUAUGGUCAAUCAUAGGUGAUUAUACAGACCUGACGCACCUCCCUGUCUUUCAUCGUUGCUCCCCUAAAAUCUUAAAUUACUGUAAACAGCCUGAGAAUCUGUGAUUAUGUGAUUUUUCUCCAUGAUAACUGGCAACAGUCUACAGUCUUUUAGGUUAUUCCACCCUCUUGCUACUCAUUUAAGGUUAGUUACAUUUACCCAUCAUCUUUAAAUGUUAGAAAUUGCAUUUGAUAAUGGGAAAGAGCUGCUGAAUGACGAGAUACACUAUAAAAUCCUGGAUACCUGCAGGCUUUGCAAAAGGUCUUUAAUAACAUGGUAGUGAUUGCCUCCUUGAUCUACACCUUACUUAAACCUGUCAAUCAUCUGCCCAUUUUGGAGGCCUGCACCGCCUCUUUCGUUAAACUCUAAGCAUCUUCUCCAAAUCCCGCCACCCCGCCGAGUUUAGAUCAGCUGGAGACAAGCACUUCUGAUGAGUCCGUCCCUAUACACCUCCCAAAUUACCCUCAUAAAUGAUGCAAGCAUGUGCACGCAUGUGUCUGUGUGUCCUAGACUGGUGUUUAACCUACCAUGGGGGUGGCUUACCACUCAGCGGGAGCGAACAACCACGCGCUUCUUCUCUUCCAUCACCUCCUCCUCUCCGUCUUUGUCAGAGUUAGUGGCGAGAGUGACGUCGAGGAGAAAACAAAGAAGAUUCCAAGAGUCCCUGAUGAGCACUAGGUCAAGGUCACUGCCCAAUUAUCCAUGUCUUUCAUUUUCAUUCUGUCUUUUCAGUUCUCUCUACUAUCCUCUCUGUUCCCUCAUUUUCUCGUUCACCAGGCGGGAAAGUAAUCGUUGUCAUCCCAUGCUGUGGUGUCGAGGUUAAGUGGAGGUGAUCAUGUCUCCUUGUGGAAAGGCUAGUUCCUUGAGAAGCAGCAGACUCCUGGAGAGGCAUGUCUGAGAAGUGCUGCGGUUAAGACAAAGGCUUAGUUUGACUCAUUUGUUUGGUAUCUGGUCGUCUACAAAGCCACUAUCACUUUAGGUUGACUUUCAGUGUUUUGAAUGGAAAAACUGAAGGCCACUUUCUUGUACGUACACACACUAUUUAGAGGAUUUUGAUUAGGACGACCUGAAGUGUUUAUAAUUUAUCGCUUUAAUAUGAAAUUUACAGGUACACAAGAAUGUCCCAAACAAAAUAAAACAAAAAGUAAAGGAUCAUAAUCAUUUUCAAUACCCCAUAAAUUUCUGAGAAAAGAUGUUCUUGCUCGUCUUGCUAAUGCUUUUGUUUUUCAUACAGUGCCUCUGAACUAAGCACAAUGCUCCAGUUCUUGCUUUGGAGAUGACAAAAUUAGAUGAUCUCAUAAUUUUCAUCAGUUUUCAUCAUUUUUGUACUCAUAAACGCCUACAAUGUGAAUCAGGAUUGCCACUCCUGAAUUGGUACUUUCCUUGUCAAUCGAAUGCAUUGUCAUUAUCACUAAGUGAUAAUUAACUUAUGUGCAUCAUUUGGCUUCUUUGUUUGUAUGACAAUGUUUUGUUUUUUGAUUUUGUUUUUCAAAUGCUGUUGUUUAAAUAAAGUGCAUUCAAGGAAAUGGA